UUUGCAGGAGGUGUACCCUGAAGCCCACUAUAUCCAAGAGCAUUCUCUUUUAAUGCAGAUUAUAGAGAGACAAUAGUUCAAAAGACAAAUAAUUGUCAGUAAUAAAAUAUGUUGGAAGGAAAGAGAUGAUGGCUUCCCAGCACCAAUCAAAACUCAUCAGAGAGAGGCUUUGUGCAUUGGAUUUCCCAGCAUGUGCACGAGAUGCCAUAUUGGAAAUUCAGAACAUUUGCACAGUGGGGUCGUCCACCCGAGGCCACUCGCAUCACCAGAUCAUGGCCGACCUUUGUGCUGAAUUCAUCUUCUGCCAGGUUGAUGCCCGAGGAGCACCAGCGCCUCCUCUGCAUCCCCUACAAGAGCUCCAGCUGCUGGAUGUGUUGAACAAUUACUUUGCCUUCCCAUUGAAUGAGAUGUUGAGGAAUACAGUGUUCCUCACUCUCUUCCUUCCCAGUUCCUAUCCUGGGAAUAGAGAGAAACUGGACAUUCUUGCCAAGGUCCUGGCUCUUGCCAUUGCCAAUCAGAAUGUCCCUGUCCUCAUGUGCAUGGGAGUAUGGAUGCAGCAACAUGGAACAGACUCUGAGUCAGCAUUGUGCGUCACUCAAAGGAUCAUCAAGGACUAUGUCCUCCUUGUACCCAAGUUAUCUUGGCUCAGGGACAUCCACCACCAUGCUCCACACUUUGCAGCCAAUUUCAUGUCUUCAGUUGGUGCAUUUUAUGCUGGUGGAGGGAAGGAAGCAAAAAUGGAAAGUGAACUCCCACCAAUACUCCUGGUCCGAGUGUUUGUGGACUGGAUGGAGAAAUCUCCAGGAAUUUGCCUUUGUGCUUUGACAACUCCUCUCAAGUCAGUUCUUCCCCAGGGUAGCAUUGCCAUGCCAGCCAGUGCCCCUGUCAUCUCCUUCCUUAGGUGGACUGCAAAGGCAGCCCUUCUCCUCAAUCAUGCUGAAAUGAAGGAGAUUACAGAGAAGUAUUCUCUGGAUGCUGAACAUCGAGUGGAUGUAGAUGAAACCAAGAAACUUUACUCCUGCUUGCAUGAUGGCAUUCUGCAGACCUUGCUCUCAGGGACUGGGGAUGUCAUGACCAGCAAGGAGCUUCAGGAUGUGAUGGAUGAUCUCAACCGCACUGCCAAAGUGUACUUCAUUCAGAGUGACUCUGAAGAGUAUUCAUUAUGUGUUGAGAGAGUGGCACAGGUUGGAUUGUUUGCAUCUCAGACAGGCACCAUGGCAGGGAGACGGGAGAAAGCUGUUGAGGGACUGAAGAGCCUGACAAAACAUCUCAAACCUGAUGCUGCUCGCUUCACUAACAUGGUCAUUGAGAGACUGAAACCAUGA